UGCUAAUUUAAAUUUUUAAACAACUAAUAGUGCAAAAUACCCGAUACUGAUUUAUGGUCAGCAAUAAAAGAUCUUAGUUAUACAGAGCUGAAUUAAAAAAUUCUUAUCACACAACAAACACGACCACCACUUACUACUUAUACUAUACAUUGACGCUAUAGUAUCACAGUUUUUUGUGGCGCGCCUCCAGGAACGAUACUUAUGAUUUUUGAACGGUCUUGAUUAGUUUUAAUUAUGGAUUCAAAAAUGGAUGGCACCUACAUUAACAAAGGAUUUAACGAAGAUGAAGACGAUAUCAAGAAGCCGUACGAGAUGCAAGAUAGAUCAAACACCAAUUCCACAAUACCUAUUGAAGACAACACAAACGAAGAUGAGAAUAAGGAUGAUCGACAAACUUGGGGCAACAGCAUUGAGUUUUUGAUGUCUUGUAUCGCCAUGAACGUUGGUUUAGGGAAUAUUUGGAGAUUUCCUUUUGUUGCAUACGAAAAUGGUGGAGGAGCCUUUUUAAUCCCUUACAUCCUUGUUUUAAUAUUCCUCGGAAGACCUAUGUACUAUUUGGAGAUGUGCCUAGGACAAUUUUCUAGCAGGGGCAAUGUUAAAAUGUUUCAGAGUCUUGCGCCAAUAUUGAGAGGUGUUGGAUUUGGUCAAUUAAUUGGAACAAUAUGUGUAGCAACUUAUUAUUGUUGUCUGAUAGCAAUAAGUUGUUUCUAUUUGGUUCAAUCCUUCAAGUCCGACUUACCAUGGGCGGAAUGUAACGAAAGAUGGAAGAACACCAGCUUCUUACAAAAAUACGAGUGUGUUCCCUCAAACCAAAAUGUUAAUACAACCAAUAAUAAUACCAUGAGUUCAGCUGAAUUAUUUUUCAGGAUAGAUGUUCUGAAGGAAACGACCUCAAUAGAAGAUGGAAUUGGUGCACCAGAUUGGGAGUUAACAAUUUGCUUGGCCAUAUCUUGGUUAAUGACCUUUGCAGUUUGUGCAAAGGGAAUUCAAUCAUCGGGCAAAGCUUCAUAUUUCCUAGCUAUUUUUCCUUUCGUCAUCCUCUUAGCUCUAUUAGUUAGGGCUGUUACUUUAGAAGGAGCAACCGAUGGAAUUUUAUAUUUUAUUACUCCGCAGUGGGACCAAUUGAAAAAUGCAAAUGUUUGGUACAAUGCGGUCACACAAUGUUUCUUUUCAUUGAAUAUUGGAUUCGGAUCUGUAACUAUGUACGCUUCAUAUAACAGGUUUAGACAUAACGUCUAUAGGGAUGCAAUGGUGGUGACUACGUUGGACACUUGCACAUCCCUUCUAUCAGGAACUAUAAUCUUCGGAAUUUUAGGAAACUUGGCAUUUAAAAUGAAUCAACCAGUAACUUCAGUAGUAAAAUCUGGAGGUACUGGACUCGCUUUUAUUUCUUACCCGGAAGCCAUUGCUCGAUUUGAAUCUGUUCCUUGGCUUUUCUCAAUUUUGUUCUUUCUCAUGUUAAUAAUUUUGGGAAUUGGCAGUCUUGUUGCUCUUCAAGGUUGUGCCUUCACUGUGAUAAUGGACGAAUUUCCUUAUUUAAAAAUCUGGCACGUUUCAUUAGGAACUGGAAUUUUAGGAUUUAUUAUCGGAUUAGUUUAUAUUACUCCAGGCGGGCAAUACAUUUUUACAAUGGUGGAUUUCUUUGGUGGAACAUUUAUCUUUUUCAUUUUAAACAUUGUGGAAAUAGGUUCAGUUAUAUGGUGGUAUGGCUUAAGCAAUAUUUGCUUAGAUAUUGAGUUUAUGUUAAAAAGAAGACCUGGUGCCUACUUUAGAAUCUGCUGGGGUCUCUUAGUACCCAUUAUAUUAAUUUUUGUUCUCUUUUACUUCUUGAUAACUUUGGAUGAUUUAACUUAUGAGGGAAAUUCAUAUCCAAAUUAUAUUAUUGUUUGGGGUUGGGUUCUCCUGGGAUUUGGAAUUAUCCAGCCAGUUUUGUGGUUUAUAAGUGGUCUAAUAAGGAAUUCAAGAGAAAAAAGUUGUGGAGAGGCUGUGAGAGAUAUGCUCGAGCAUAAAGGUUGGGGACCUAAAGACUUGAACAAGUUUAGAAGCUGGCAAGAUUUUAAACUCAAAAUGGAACAGAUCCAUCAGUUGAAAAAUAGAAAUUGGUUCAUGGAUAAACUAGGAUUGCUGGUUGACAGAUGAAUUUUGUCCUUGUAUUUAUUUAGGACUAUUUAUUAAUUAUUAUUAGUUGAUAGAAGAAUAAAAUUGUUUUUAUAAAAUU